AAAUAUAAUUUCCAAAGCAAACAUGGUAAAAUUUAAUUGUGCAGUUUUAAGACAAAAUGAAUGAAAUUAGAAAUGGCUCUUAUGUUCAACCAAUAAGUAUAUAUUAUUUAUCUGCCGUGAAAAAUGCAAAAAUAACUUAGAAUUGUUAAUAUUUUUUAACACAUUUUAUACUUAAGUUCUCGCAAAACCUUUUGUCGACACUAAGUAUUAAUUCAAUUUGAAUUUCUGUCAAAACUCGAUGCAAUAUAGAAUGUUAGUCGAUACAAAGUUACCAAACAAUGAAACCAGUAAUUUAAUUACAAAAUCUAUCCAAGAUUAUAUUAAAAACGACGAAUUAAAACUUAAAAGUAAUUCAAGUUACGACCAUCAUUUAUGUUGCACUUUGUUUCAAAAUCUUACUUUAUUUACAAGUUUACUUUAAUAUACAUAGAUAUUUAGGUUUAAAUUUGUGUAUUGUUAUUAAAAACUGUUUCUUAUAAUUUAUCCUUUGUUUAUAUAUCAAAAUAUUGAAGAAUAACUUAAAAAAAUACUUUAAAUGUUCCAUUUCAACCGCCAAACCACCUGUGACGUCACACCCGGGCGGCCUCUUGUCGGUAAACUAUAAAGGGAGCCGACACUUUGACGCGCCGCCUUUUCUCCGCGCGCCGCGCAGUCGAUUUCAACGCGCACGACUUUUCAAAAAUAUUAAAUAUGGACCAGGAUAAACUGAUUACUCAUAAACUGUUGGAAUUGCGCGAGAAAACUGGAUAUGAUAUAGUACAGGAAAAUGGUCAGAGGAAGUUCGGUCCACCGCCAGGGUGGAGCGGCCCGCCGCCUCCGAAAGGCUGCGAAGUUUUCAUCGGCAAGCUGCCUCGACAGAUCUUCGAAGAUGAGCUGGUUCCGAUUUUUUCGAGGCUUGGGAAGAUCUACGAAAUGAGACUGAUGAUGGAUUUCAGCGGCUCCAAUCGAGGGUACGCCUUCGUGACGUAUACGAGACGAGAAGAUGCGGCGGCCGCCAUCAGAGAGCUGAACGGAUACGAGGUCAGACCAGGCCGGCAUAUCGGCGUCGUAAAAUCCGUGGACAACUGCAGACUUUUCUUGGGUGGUAUUCCUCAAACAAAAACCAGGGAAGAAGUUUAUGAAGAACUUUCGAGGAAAGUCACCGGUAUUGUCGACGUGAUUUUAUACAAGAACUGCUUCGACAGAAGCAAGAACAGGGGGUUUGCGUUUGUGGAGUUUUCUUCCCAUCGCGCUGCAGCCAUGGCUCGACGGGCCCUCGUGCCUGGUUGCGUGAAACUGUGGGAUCAGGAUGUGAUGCUGGACUGGGCUGAACCUGAACCAGACAUUGAUGACGAGCUGAUGAAGAAGGUGAAAGUACUGUACGUACGUAAUUUUCUAAUCAGUACAACGCCUGAUACCAUACAAAAUCUGUUCGAAACCACCAUCAACGCAAAGGUGGAGCGCGUUAAGAAAAUGUAUGACUACGCUUUCAUACAUUUCUUUGAAAGGGAACAAGCGGAACUUGCGAUGGUGAAGUUACAAAGGGCCGAGGUUGAAGGCAGUACGAUAGAAAUUAAAUGGGCUAAGCCCGUUGACCGAGAGUUAUAUAGGAUUCAGAAAUCAAAUAAAGGCAAUGCGAAGUUUAAUCAUAAUAUGGACUUGACACAGACUUUGUUGCUUUACAAACAGCACUUUGACAAGAGGGAAUACGAGAAUGGCAAGGAAGACGAGGGCAUCAGCUCUGGGUGUGCUGCGGACUCUGUUUGUGGGUCUCCGGGAGAUGGGGCUUCGAGCUACAGGAGUGUGGCAUUCAAGGACAACUACAUGUUGGCUCCAGCUAAGCUUGAUGCUAUGUGUAAAACAUAUUCCUGGGCCACACCGAACUACACCUACCAGCAGUUCGUAGACCCGACUGGAACAGUGAUGUGGGUAUGCCACAUAGAGCUGCCGCAAGUGGGCCUGCCGCUGCUGUCUGUGCCCAGCCCCGUUGGGCCAUUUGUGACAAGAGCUUGCUUCACCGCGGUACAGGCUCGGGUGGUGGCUGCAGAGAUUGCGCUGCAAUGUAUCAAGGCUCUGCGCGCGAACGUAGAGCGCUCCACUGCGACCCCCGCGCCGCUGUACCCGCCGCUGGUGCAGCCGCUGCCCGCGUACAGCCUGCCCUACGAGUACCCUCUCUACGCGCGCCCGCCGCCCUUGACCGCCGCCGUCCCUAGUUUAUACCACAUCUUUGAUAACAUGAGACUGUAGCUGUAAUUUACACCUUAACUUAAUCUCGUUAAGGUUUAGUUUUGUUUAGUAAAGUUCAUUUUCCUAGGUGUAAAGAAAUUUCAAUCUUAUUCUGAGUUAAUAAGAAUAAAUUUCGCUUAAUACACAUAUGAAAUAUGAACGCGUUGUUGAAUGUUUGACGAGUUUAUUUUAUAGUUGUUAGUAAGACGAGAUAUUUGUUUUGACUUGACAGUUGAUUACCUUUUGAGAUCUCAAUUGUUUUUUUCUGACCUUAGACGCAUAAUUGCAGAUUAUCAAUUGUUUUUUUUAAACGGCAUUUUAAAUGGAUGGUAAAAGUAGACAAAAUGUGGCAAUUUUGUAUUCUGCUUUUUGCAACGGCAUUUUAAAUGGACGGUAAAGUGGAGACAAAAUGUGGCCAUUUUGUAUUCUGCUUUAAAAUGGCAACGGCAUUUUAAAUGGACGGUAAAGUGGAGACAAAAUGUGGCCAUGUUGUAUUCUGCUUUAGAUUUUCAACAGCGUUUUAAAUGGAUGGUAAAGUAGACAAAAUGUGGCCAUUUUGUAUUCGGCUUUAAUUUUUCAACUAUUUAAAAUGCUUGUUUUGACAAGUUUCCCAAACUUUCUACACAUUUUACUUGACAUAUCAUUUCACCUUAGAUUUAAGACUGUUGAUUCUUUGUUCAAAUAAAUGAAGAUAUUUAUAGGCAUUAUUUACGUAAUGUAAAGUCGCCUCCUACUACUUACUUGUGCUUAUACCUAAGUAUAUUCAGAGAAAAGUAGUAAUAUAUUUAACACGUAGGUAAGUAUAAAGGACUAGUUACUUAAUAAACAUUUGGAACUGA